UGAUUGACAUGUUUUUGGCGCAUUUUUGUUUUUGUUAAGUUAAAAGUUCUAAAUGUCGGCUUAAAGACGCUUCUCCGUUAGUUGGCUACUUCAAAAAUGGGUAUAAAAGGUCUGUCAUCAUAUAUUCAGGCGAGAUCAGAGAAGUGUCUUGAAGAUUUCAAGCUUCAUAACUCUAAAAUAGUCAUUGAUGGGAGCAACCUACUACAUUUUUUAUACCUCGCCUGUCCAAAACAGAACGCAUGCUUUGGGGGUGACUAUAAUAUUUUUUGUGAUUAUGUUCGAGAAAUAUUUAGGCUGCUGAAGAAAUGCAAUAUAAAUGCAAUAGUUGUCUUUGAUGGUGGGAUGGAUGUGGGGGACAGGAAACAGAAAACCAGGCUACUUCGAGCAAAACAAAAGAUAGUUGCUUCUAUCAAAGUUAAGCCCAGCAAUCAGCACAGGAUGUCUGUGCUUCCUUUACUACUCAAAAUUGCAUUUCUGACUGUGCUAAAGGAGUUCAAUGUUGAAAUUGUCCAGUGUCAGUAUGAAGCUGAUGGUGAUAUUGCCUCCCUAGCUCGUGGUUUGAAGUGUCCAGUUGUUAGUAAUGAUUCAGAUUUUUAUGUUAUGGAUGUGGUUGUCAUUCCUUUAUCCCUAAUGGAACUCACUGGCGCAGUGAAAUGCGAUGAUGGAUUUGCCAUACAAUGUAAAAUAUUUUACAUGGCUAACUUCCUGAAAUUCAUAGGUCACGAAGAUGCCUCCAUUUUUCCGCUAAUGGGUACUCUUCUAGGAAACGAUUAUGCUGACAAAAGACUCUUCGAAAAUAUUUUCUCCCAAAUUCACUUGCCUAAAAGUAAAUCUAUGAACGACCAACACAGAAAACUUCAAGGAGUUUUGGAAUGGUUGAAGGGCCAGACUGUGGAAGAAGCUAUUGAUCGAAUUCUUAUGUUCGUCAAGAAGAUUCACCAUAUUGAAGUGGAAGUAGCUAUUCGUACCAGUCUAAACGCGUACGAGGAUGAAAACAACGGACAGAUGAAUUCCGUCAUCGACCUUAGGGGAAAAGUAGUUACAAGCUUAAUGCAGGAAGGCUUACCGGAAUGGUUCUGUAACCUGUAUGCAGAUGCAGACAUUCCACCCUGGGUCCUGGAAGUGAUGCUGUCCCACAAAAUGCCAUAUCAGUCUCAAGUGGAAGCAGUGGGUUCUAGCAACAGUUUCUGCUGCUGCUCCGACCUUUUGAAAGCGAUCGCUUUGAUUUUUUGGGACUCACAAAUCGAUUGCCAACUCAGGACAUUAUGGAGAAAGAAUUCAGAAUUAGUAUUCAAAAACCUCACAAUAUCACGCUUGGACUUCUUGGUAACCUUGCCUGGACUGUCUUCUGUUGGAGCCAUGACAUUACAAGAGAGGCAGGAACUGCUUUUCGAUACCAUUCUCGAAAAAAACAUUGGCCGCGUACUGGAGUUGCCAACCAAAUGGCAACUGGUUUUCGCCACAGUUAUCCAUUGGAUAAGGCAUUCGCAUUGUCGCGUUCGGAGCUACCAUGUUGACGGACUAGUUGUCGGCCUUAUUUACCUGUCCAUGGUUGAGCCACGCAUCGGUCGUGUUCGCAGCCUAAAGCGUCUAGAGAACAACUCGAAUAAAGCAAAGGAUGAUUCUUCGGUUGACUACGUAAACAUGGCCAAAAACACCUUUAAACUCCAAGAAAUUGCAGCGAGAAUGCUAUCACAUGACAUCAACUUUGACCGUGACAUCGUGCACGUCUUAGCUGAAUUUCAGGCAACGUUUUAUUUCGUCCACACGCUUAAUCGAGUUCUCGACAGCGGUCUGCCUUGUGCAUCUCCAUCGGAUUUUUACUGGGGGACAUUUAUUUACAACGCUGUGUGCCUAUUCAAAGGUUACGAUAGGUUAAGUUUGGCGGAGAAAUUAUUUAGCGGAACAACGUCUGUAUUGUUCAAGACCUUCCAGCAGUACACUGAAAUUGUCUACGAGUUAGCCCCUUCAAAUCUCAUGAACUGGGUACCGCACGGUCCAAAUAAGCCGAAAAAGCGAACAAAGAAACCUAAAGAAAAGCCAACGACAACAGAACAGACGUCAUCGUCAUCUGAAGAAGAUAGUACCGUGAAUGAUAAUGAUGUUGAGUUGGUUGGAAAUCGCUUCAAAUUGCUCACGUUUACUUAGAAAAUGGCACAAUUCUUGAAAGUGUCCUAAAACCCGAUGCAAUACAAAUAUUUAAAAAGGG